AUGAGCUUGGCGGCAAACAUGCUGCGUGUUUUCCAGGUCUCAGGGCAAGAGCUUGUCACGAUGCGAACGGAGGAGCUAGAUGACGUGCUGGCAUUGAAGCGACAUCUGCGCACUGUGUAUGGCUUCCCGGUCAGCAUUCAACAGCUCUUACAUCAUGGCAGCCACCUCAUUGACUCUUCUGACUUGACUCAACUGGAGAUGCCCAUGGACGUGCAAGUCGUGCUGUCGGGCCUCUCAAGUGUGGAGCAGAAGCGUGAGGCUUCCACCGAGUUGCUGGAGUAUGCCGCCACGCAAGGCCAUCUGCAAGUUGCCCGCUUUCUGCUCGAAGCAGGCGCCGACAAAGAUGUGCGAGACGUGCGAGAUGUGCACGACGGGCAUUAUGGCGAUACACCCCUAAUCUCCGCAUCUGUCAAUGGCCACGCUGAGGUUGUGGGCUUUCUGCUGGAGGCUGGCGCGGCCAAGAAUGUGCAGGGAUUUGGUGGCGCUACAGCCCUGUCGGCCGCAUCUCGUAAAGGUCACGUCAGAGUCGCAGGGCUGCUGCUGGAGUCGGGGGCCGACCCCAACAUUCAGGACCAGGUCGGCUCCACGGCCCUUCAUCAUGCAUCCGAUGCCGGCCACGCUGAGAUUGUGAGGUUGCUGGUUGAUGCUGAUGCCGACAAGGAUGCGCACGACAAGAACGCGGGCAACGCCGCCCUCAUCUUCACCUCCUCGUACAGCGGCGAGCUGGCUCCCUGGCACAAGAUCGGUGAGGAGCCGAAGUGUGCGAGGCGCUGCUUCAGCGGCACAGCGGUCGCCAAUGGUCAGGUGCUGCAGAGGCUGCUGCCGCCAGCUGUGCCGUUCGCUGUGUGGAUCUUGACAGAUGACCACGAUGCCAGCGGCAUUGCUGGUGGGCACUGCGCCAACUACGACUUCGAGCUUGAGCUAGGUCCGAUAGAGCCUUCUCGGCUGACCUCCGAGUUUCUGGGCCCACCAGCCUGGCUCUGCGAGGGUGGUGCCUGGCCAGCCCGGCUUGAGCAGCUCCCGUACGGAGCCGCCGGUACUGCCGACUCGGGGCGUCCGUCGGUGCUGCGGCAGCACAGCUUCGCCUUGCGGGAUGUCUUCGACCUCACCCGGCCGAGCCAAAGUGGCAUCUCGGGGGUUCACAGCCUGGAAAUUCAGGUCUCCGAGCCAUCCGACUUCCGACUGACAACGCACUUUCCCACGGUGCCGGCCAGGCCCCAACUUGCCAAAGGCCGCCAGGAGGAGGCCUGGCUCUCCUUGGGGCGGAGCACCGACGGCGAGGCCUUCAGCACGGUUCGCGUACCAGCGGCAGGUCGCGAGUUCCGCCACAGCAUCAGCGCAGAGCUGCAACCAGGUGAGUACACGGUUCUCUUCAUCAUGGAGAUGCCUGCAGGCGGGCUGCGCCCCUGCGCGUCAGUGUUGCUCAACUUAGCCCUGGAGCCCAAGACGGAGGAGUCGGGGUCCUGCCCUUCCUACGACCGGAAUGGCAUCCUCGACCUCCAGGCUAUGUCGGAACCGCUCCCGCUCUCAGCCUGGACUGAGCGCCCAAAGAGCUUCCAGGUGAUGCUUCCACGGCCGGAGGGAGGUGGCGAGGACGGAGAGGGUGACGCCAAAGGACUUCAGAUCAUCGCCCGGUCGUCGAUGAACAUCGGUGAGAUUGGCGCUGGCGGGCUUGUCGAUACGCCUCCUGUGCUGCUCCACGCGAAGGUCCUGUCGCCAUUUCUGCACGGAGAUCUUCAGAUCACCUUCUACGAGGACGGACAGCCCAUCGCUGAGCCAAGACCUUUGCCAGAUGGCAACGGCUAUGCCGCCAUGGUCGGCCCGGUUCGCGCAAAUGCAUUCUACGAGGUGGUGCUGCUGCAUGCGCCUAGAAAGCCAACCACCAGGUCCACGUGCGUGGACGUGUCGGUCGACCUUGCCUCCGUUUCGCUGACGCCGCCGUCACUCCAGGGCCGCUUCGUGGCGCCCCUACCAGGUGCCGACACUUGUUGGCUCUCCGGCCAGUUCCUGCCCUCCCAGAUCCGCGUCCGUGAGGGUGUGGCGACCGUGGUGGAGGGCGAGUACUUGCUGCCUCCGGCGGGCGGCAGCCACGCUAUCCAGAUUACUGGCGUAGCGUCUGACGUGAUCCUCAAAGCCACCGUCUCAUCGGCGGAUGCAGAGGUCCGCAUCGGGCAGGAGCCUCUGACCCUGGAUGGCCUCGGGGAAGACCGCUUCUUCGGCACUGGAGCACUCCGCACCGUCAGCGUCCGCGCUGCGCGUCUGGCCAGCGCGUCGACCAGCUGCCCACUGCUGAAGCUGCAUCUGGUUCUCACGACUGAGAAGUCAUUGCUGUCCUGCCCCAGCGCCGGGGCAACCCCCCUGCAGGAGCUUGCGAAGAGUUUGGCCGAGGCACUCACCGAGCAGCCGGCCGACAUGGCGACCCUGCGACAGCUGUCGGCCACACUGCCGGGCCAGGACUUCUCCGCUGCCUCGGCUCCGGUCACCGUGCUCGCGGCCAGCGCCGAGCUCCGCCUGGAGCUGAGCCUGGAGGCACCGUGGCUGCCGCUCGAGCUGCUGCUACUUCGCCAGGGGCAGGAGGAGAAGGCCUGGGCACGGGCACGCCCCAGCGGGCGACGGCUGGUGAUGCUGCUGCCCAAUCUUCCCAAGGGCCAGUAUCAGCUGAUGCUGAAGACCUGGAUGCCCAGCACUUCACUGCCCAGCCGCUGUGUGGAGCUUCUGGGCACGGCGGCGCUGCUUGCGCCUGGAGGAAGGGACACGUCGAACUAUCGGCAGGAGAUGCUGGACCUCCCCGAAAUCCUGGCGGUGGCGGCCCCGCCGGCGAAGCUGACUCCGGGCUGGUGGCAGGUCAUGGACCGCAUGCUCUUCUCGGAGAUUUUCGCCAUCCCGGCAGGUGGGGCAGCCACAUCUGCAGUGUCCCUCGAUGCCCCGGCCGUGCUCCGCAUUGUGGCGGAGCCCGCGGACAUCUUGGCACCGCGAAUGUCCAUCGAGGUUCAUCGAGGCCUCAUGGAAGUGAUGCCAAGUUCCAGCGCUGUGGGCCCUGGCGUGGUCUUCCAGCUCCAACCAGGUAGCUACGAGCUGAGAUUCCGGAGCACCGACAUAGAGGUUUGCCGAGGCUGCCCGCACGACGCGGUUCCGUUCUUCGUAACGAUCGGCCUCGGUGCCGCCGACGAUGCCGCAGGAAGCAGCGUGCACUGCGAUAGCGUGACGAGGAUGAUGGACCUCGGUUCCGACCUGAAGGCAGAGAACGCCUUUGAGUCGACGAACCACUUGAACAUCCGGGCGCUACCCUCCUCCAUGAAGCUGCCGGUGAAGGUGGGGCAGCCAUCUGUGGUUACCAUUGCGGCCUGGUCACCCUUCAUCGCCCACUACGUCCGUGUAGCGCUGGUCACGGAGGAGGGCCUCUGGGUCGGUGAGCAGCGGUGCAGGCGGAGCUCCUUGGAGAUCGAGCUGCCCCCAGGAGACUACCAGAUGAUCGUCGAGGAGCCAGCGCCCUUGGCGCCCAGCCCACAGGGGUGCAUGGCCAUGGGCGUGGCGGUUUCCUUGGCGCCGUUCACCUCCGUGGCGCGCUCCCUGCGCCCCGGUCAGGUGGCCAUGCACUCGGCGGCAGCCACCCUGCCCGCCUUCCUGGGACCCGGCCUGGGCCUCGGCGCGCGCUGCGACGGCCUCGGCGCUCUCCCCCUACCUCUCGACGUGAUUUCCACCACUGGCGGCUCCCUGGGCCUGGGCGGGCCCAUCGACGGCAGCGGGCGCCUCCUCAUCAGGCAGCGUGUGAUGCUGACAGACAUCCACGAUGGCCGGAAGAAGGUCUUUCUCCGGGUGCCGGCCUGGUCGCUGGUAAGGGUCGCUGUGGCUUCGGCAGAUGCAGAGUCCGUGGAGGUGGUGUUGGAGGACAGCGGCCACCAGCCCAUCAUCCCAGCGGACACGCACAUACUGGGUGCUGCCGGUGGCCGUGCAGCGAGUUACUCCUUGGAGGGUGGCGGAAGCUUGUGGCUCUCCUUCCACAGGGAGCAUCGCAUUGCUGCCGGCGCAGGGUGCGCAUCCUUUGACUGGAUGUUGCAAGUGAUGCCGAGCGGGGAUACCACCGCCAUGAGCGACUGUGGGCCAGAGUCGAGCUCCCUGGAGGACCUCGCGGCCAAGGCCGUGUCCUCCUUCGGGACCAGCGCUGUGGCUGCGGCGGAUGGCCGCGUGCAGACAGGGCAGCCCGGGGGGACCAGCGCCUCGCUACCUCUGAGCUUGGCCGAGUCGGCACUGGUGGAGGUCGAGGUUCAGUUCAACUUCCUGCUCUCCAACAUCCAUCUUUGGCUUGAAGUCAGCGCUGGGGCAUCGGGAGGUCCAGUCGAGGCUGCUGGCCCAGCUAUUGCCGCCCACGGAGUCGCCAGCGCCGCACGGAACGCCCAGGCUGUACUGCAGCUCCGCUUAGCCGCAGGUCAGCAUGCUGUUCGCAUCCGUCACGACGAUGCAAUCGGCAACAAGGCCUUCGCACGAACCCGGCGCUGCGUGCCCCUCGGUCUUCGCCUCCGGCGUGUCUCCCUGCUGAGCCCGAAACCUGUUGUGGGGCCUUUCCUGGCCGCCCCGCUGGCAUCUGGCGCAGACCUCGUCCUGAGCAUCACGACACCCACGGGCGACGGGGAACCGGCGCUGCCCAGUCUGGUGGGGUUGCCUCCCACCGCAACCUCGGCGGCGAAGGGUGCGGCCGUGGGAGGCCUGGUUGCGGCCUGGUCGGGCUCCACCCUCAGCACCGCAGCCCUCGCUGGCGAGGGCCGCGCAGUGGAGCCGGCUCCCGGCACUGGCAGCCGCCUCUGGGCGCUGCCCCUGCACUUUGAGGGCCAGGGCGAGGCUGGUGAGGUGUGGAUAGCUUUGGACCGAAGCGGAACAGGUACUCCUUGGUCAGGGCAGACGCCACCGGCUCUGACUGGCCCUCCACGCCUGUGGCCCCCCUCCGUCGAGCCCGCACGGUCAGCGCUGCGCAGGGAGGUGGCGGGGUUGAUCCCUCUGAGCGAAGAGCUGGAAAAGGAGAGCGCUCACCGCCACCAGCAGGCUUCAGAGAGCGUUCUCUCCACUCGCCUGAUUUUCUGGCUCGUGGUGCUGGCAGCAUUGGCAUACUAUCUCUACACCUCCCGGCCAGCGUGGUUUGUGAACCUAACGCAAGAGCUGGGCGGCCUCGUAGAACGCCAGCACCAGAAGUUCACAAGCGGCCGAGAGUUCGCGGUGUCGGAGAUGGGUUCGAUGGUGGAGUUCACUUCCGCCUUCACCCGGCGUCGGGAGGAGGCGCAGCCGCGAUCCGCGGCGCGCAUGUAUGGUACGUUGGACCUGUGA